GUAGUUAGCCGUUAGCCUGUAGCUUAGCUUCAGUCAUGCUACAUUGUUAACGCAAUAGAGGAGAGAGUUUCUCUGCUAAGCCAAGAUAAAGUUCGUAUUUACGUCGUUAAGUUCGACCGGUUGCAUGUUUCUAACCGUGGAAGAAGUUCGCGGUUCGGCACGGACAGUUUGGGCUCGGUUAGCCUGCUCUCUGUCUGUCGCCAGGUUCUGGGCCUAAGCUAGCUUGACCAGCAGCUAUUAAUAAUCUUCCAUGGAUACUCCUGAAAGCCCUACGCAGUCCCCUCAGUCUCCGGAGGAGGAGAAGGGUCUUUCUGACAGUGAGCUGCUGCACUCUCCUGAUGAUGAAGCUGGCAGGGUCAUCUCAGAUAGCGAGUUGCUCCAGGAGGAGGAAAACGGAGGUUUGACUGAGGAGGAAGAAGAGGAUGAAGCAGCAGAAGGGCGAGGAGGAAGGUUAGACUUGGAGGACGAGGUGGUCCCUGACUUUGUUUCAGAUCCAGAGGAUGAGGACCCUGUCGGAGUAGAAAGGAUGGGACAAGAGGAUGAGACCAUUAUGCUUAUGGAGGGAGAUGAAGAUGAACCACAAGGGCGUAGAUUAGAUGGGGACGGGGACAGAGUUCUUGACACUCCGCAUUCUCCUGACUUUGAGCCCGAACAGAGCAAGGACCACAUUGAGUCUGAGGAGGACGGGGAAGGUGGGGACGAAGGAUAUGGGGGCUACAGGAAACCUGCCUCAGUAGAGCAGGAAGCCAGUGAGGUAGAAGAAGAUAAACACGAGGGCGAGGAAGAAGAGGAGGAGGAGGAAAUGAGAAGAGCUGAAGAGAGAAGAGCGGUUCUGGUGAGGGAGCUGAAGGAUGAUUCUGCCUCGGUUUCCCGUGAGCUGGAUGAACAUGAGCUGGAUUAUGACGAGGAGGUGCCAGAAGAACCUAUUCCUGCGCAAGAUGAAGAGGAGGAUGAGGAAGACACAAAAGUGGAGGGAGGAGAGGAAGAUGAGGAGGACAACAAAGAAAAGAACAAUAAGAAAAAGGAAAAGAAGCCGAUUCUCCCUCCUUCUCCAUCAAACGAUGAGUCAAAGAGGAUGGAAAGCUCUAAAGGGCUCGAGAGGCUCCGGAGAGAUUCCUUCCGAGACAGGAAGAAGGAUGAGGAUGACGGAGAGAUCGAUGAAGGAGAGAUCGAUGAUGAUGACCUGGAAGAAGGGGAGGUCAAAGAUCCAUCUGACAGGAAGAUCAGACCACGCCCCAUCUGCAGGUUCUUUAUUAAAGGAAACUGUACAUGGGGAAUGAACUGCAGGUUCAUCCACCCUGGAGUCAACGACAAGGGGAACUACUCUCUGAUCACUAAGCCAGACCCUUUCUCCCCUAAUGGAGCGCCCCCUGGAGGACCACUGCCCCUUAUACCAAACAACCCCUGGGCUGCUCCGGUGGUGGAGGAGCUCCCUCCCCCACCUCCCCCGGUGGAGCCUCCCGUGGAGAGCGCCUGGGAGAGGGGACUGAGACACGCCAAAGAGGUGCUGAAGAAGGCCACCAUACGGAAGGAGCAGGAGCCCGACUUUGAGGAGAAGCGUUUCAACGUGACCAUCGGAGAGGACGAGAGAGAGUUUGACAAAGAGAACGAGUUCUUCAGAGAACGCAGCUACCGGAUCAUCCGAGAGGAAAUGGACUUCAGAGACCCUAUGUAUAGUGAGCCAUAUGCCGAGCCUUACUACGACUAUGAAAUGGAAACGUUAUGGAGGGGGGGCCAGUAUGAGAACUUCAGAGUCCAGUACACAGAAGCUCCUCCUCCGUACCACUUCAACGAGCGUGACCGCGAGCGUGACCUCCGGGAGCGCCACCGAGACAGGGAGCGGGAGAGGGAUUAUCGUGAGAGGGAGCGCCGGCAGCGUGAGAGGGAAAGAGAGCGGGAGCGCGAGAAGGAGAGGAUUCGGCGGAAAGAGGAGUGGGAGAGAGACCGGAUGAAACGCAACGAAAAGGAAAAGCCGAAGAUUCGUCCUCCUCGUGACGCCAGGGAGAAGAAAGAGGAGGACAAACUUAAGCCACGCUCCCCCCUUGGCCUGCCGCCAAACAGGCUCAUGGAACCUCCUUCAAAGAAAGACAUGGUUCCACUCAUGAGGCGUCCAGACGAGUGGAAGGACCCGUGGCGGCGGUCCAAAUCUCCCAGGAGACGUCCCGGCCUAGGAUCCCCGCCUCGAGGCCGCCGCCGACAUCGCCCCUCGGGCUCCUCUAUCUCCCUGUCCAAUUCAUCCAGGUCUUCAUCUCGUUCUUCGUCCUACACGGGCUCUGGCUCAUCCCGUUCCCGCAGCCGCUCCUCUUCGUACAGCUCCUACUCAAGCCACUCUUCACAGCACAGCUCCUUCAGCGGAAGCCACUCCAGAUCGCAAUCAUUUUCCUCAUCCCCUUCACCGAGUCCAGCUCCACCGAGGGUGGCCAAGAACAAACCGGACCCUCCACCAGUAGUAGCUAAGGGCAUGCCACCAAAGCCAGGGGUAGUCCCCCCUCCCCGCAGAGAAAAGCCUCCUCUGAAGAAGGUUCCCAGUCCUCCUCAGCUCGGAGGACCUCCUAACAGGCCCCCCAAACCUCCAACAGAGGGAGGCAAGCCUCCUGCCAACCCCAGGGAGGCGGGUGGUGCAUCUGAUGGAGGAGCCGGGCCUCCUCCUCCACGAGAACCUGGGAGAGCUCCGAACUGGCGGGAGGGCAGGCAGAGAGAGCGGCAGCAGCAUCCACCCCGCAGGAGGACUGUGAGUGGAAGCGCCAGCAGUUAUACCGGUUCCAGCUCCAGGUCCAGAUCCUCCUCCAACUCCCUCUCAGGCUCAGCCUCACCGUCACGCACGGGAUCCAGAAAAUCCAGGAAAUCCAGGUCACUGAGCGUGAGCAGCGUGUCUUCAGUGUCCUCGGCGUCAUCCAGCAGCAGCUCGGUGCGCAGCGCCGACUCGGACAACAUGUAUGCUGACUUGGCGAGCCCGGUUUCUUCUGCCAGUUCUCGUUCGCCGACGCCAAAUCACCCCAGAAGAGAGCGAGGGGUCCCACGGGUCCGGUCCCCACAGGGUCGGGAUAAGAACAAGGAAAGGCCGUCAAAGAAAGAUGAACCUUUCAGGGACGAUCGCAGGAAGGUUGACCCAUCUGGUGGUCCGCCCAGAGGAGGGAACGCCAUGCCCAGAUCAGGACCUGGAAACAGGGGCGGCCACCCAUCUCAUUCUCGACCCGGCACCAUGGGCCCACCUGGAAGCUACGGAGGUUCAGGCUCUCACAAAGACAUCAAGCUGACCCUUCUCAACAAGCAGGGAGACCGAGGAAGCAGGAAGAGGUACCUUCCUUCAGAUAAAGACCGACCCGGCUCUCCUGCCAGCAAGAGGAUGGCCAUGUCUCCGGAUAGAGGUGAGAGACGUCGAGAUAAAAGGAAUCUUGGCCGACCCCUGAUGUCCCCCCAGAUGGAUCGGCCCAGAGGUCAAGGCCCGCGCCCCGCCCCACCACAGGGAGACAGGAAACGUCCUGUGUCUCCUCCACCAAAGUCAUCUGGGAAAGGUCCAGCUGCCCCUUCGAGCAAGCCCCCCGUCCCGGCCUCUGCUCCCACUGCCAGCUCUACCUCCGGGUCGAGUUCCGGCAAAGCCAGCAACACCUUGUCCCGUCGCGAGGAGCUGCUGAAACAGCUGAAGGCCGUGGAGGACGCCAUCGCCCGGAAACGAGCAAAGAUUCCCGCCAAAUAAACGAGAGGGUCACCUGCUCGCCCGCCUGGCGUGAAUGCAGGUGGAGCUUUUGUUUUCGUUCUCCCACCCAGCCCUCCACGGGACCUGCUAAAUGUUGGUGGUUCAUUGUCCUCUCAAACCAGCUCAGGAUGCUGCUCCUGCUCUAAGGUGUUUCCUCCCAGAAACCUUUCAGUGUUGUGGUCCCAGCAGGAAGCAGGUAGGCUCAGAGGGAGGAAUGAAAUGUGGACCCGACUGUACGAGAGCAGAGGAAAUGAUUGGAAGCAUCUUCCUCAUGUGGCCUCCUCUCCUCCGUCUGUCUCUGUUCCUCUUCAUCGUCCUGUUCUCUCAUUUUUCCCCAGUUUCCUGCGGAGUCCUGAGAGUCUGCUAACGAGUCGCGCUCGCAGCGACUCUGCAGGUUUUACAUUCACAUGUUGUACAGAAGCAGCAGCAGCUUGUCAGAUAAUAUUCUGUGUAUGAAUAAAGAUCAUAAGGUUGUGACGUAUUGUUUUUUUAUAAUCUACUUUUAGUUUUCUUCUUGGCUCUGGAGUGAUAAGUGUUUUAUUUUGUGUCACACCUUUAGUUGCUUUCCAGCAGGUGGAAUGAGGACACCUAGAGACAAACGUCUUGCUUUUGUGACAAAAGACUUCUAAAUAAACUAUUUUAAUAAACA